AUGCAUGGCAGGGAUCCAAGUCCUGAAGCCUUCACCUGCCGCCUCCCUGGGCGUGCAGUGAGGAUCCGAGCCCUCCAGAUUGGAGGUAGCUUUGCAGUGGUGGUGGAGGGGAGGGCUGUUCUCCACCACCAACUGUGGUCCAGCUGCAGGGCAAAGAGGACCCCUGGAACUCCAACCCCUGGCUCAUUGACUGGGGCUGUGCUGGCUGCCUGCAGUGGCCCUUUGGCCAUGGUGGGCUCUGCGAUGAUAGGAGGCAUCCUGCUGGCUCUCAUUGAGGGGCUGGCAUCCUCCUCACUUGCUACACUGCCCAACAGUUCCACAAUGCAUCCCCGUUCCUGGAAGGCCUCAGCCAGCCGGCCUCUAAGGAGGGCAGUCCGGCCCCAGGCUAUGCCAGAUUAUCAGUUACACCACUGA